CAAAAACUAAUCCAGAGAAGUCAAAAACAGGGCAAUGUGAACGGAAAUAGCGUCAUUGACAAUCUUUCCAGAAGAAAACCAACUGUCAACUGUGCACUUAAUACCUACAGAAAACAAAUGAGUGAUGGGCUAAACCGAAAAAUCUUUGGUCUGAAGUCAUCAUCACCGUCCUCACCUCUUGCCACCCUGGCACUCCAACCUCUCCUUCUUCUGGCAUUCGUUUUCUCUUUUCCGCGAUUCCUUCGAUCCCCAUAUCCCACUUUCUGAAGUCAAUGAGGUAGAAGAAGAAGAAGACAAUGGUCAAAAAGAUAUUCUUGAUUGAUGUAUAGCUCUAUGCUUAAGCAGCUUAGAAGAGAAAAAGUAUUGUUCCAUAGAUGCUCUGAGUGGUCCAGAGGGAAAUCCACUUGAGGGAUUUCUUACUUUCAUGACUAGGUUUUCUUCAGGCUGCAUUCAUUAACUGCAGAGUUGUAUUGAAGAGAGGGAAAAAAUAGAGAACGACAAAAUGAGGAACAAGAGCAAGUUUAGGAAAUCAACCACUUUAAAUUGCAAUGCAGGGAGCAGGUGGGGAACUGUGGUAUUAACCCUACUUGGCUGUCUUGUUUUGCUUCAUCUAUAUACUUUAAUCCGCCAAAAAGAACCCCAAAUUAUGGAGAUGACUCGAACACAUAUUGUCCAUCAUGAACUGCUAAAAGAGUUAGAGAAAGUUGAGGAAGUUUUUAUACAACUCCCUCCACCAAGGAAGCGUUCACCUCGUGCUGCCAAGAGAAGGGGACCUAAGAGGCCAACCACUUUGAUUGAUGAGUUUCUUGAUGAGUCUUCACAGAUUAGGAACUUCUUCUUUCCUGGUCCGAGGGAUUCUGUGGACCCCAGGAAGGACUCUGAAAAUGAAACACACUAUUAUUACCCGGGGAGGAUAUGGUUGGACACUGAAGGGAACCCGAUUCAGGCUCAUGGAGGUGGAAUUCUACAUGACGAGAAGACAAAAAAGUAUUAUUGGUACGGAGAAUAUAAAGAUGGCCCUACCUACCAUGCUCACAAAAAAGGAGCCGCCCGGGUUGAUGUUAUUGGAGUGGGUUGCUACUCUUCAAGUGACUUGUGGACAUGGAAAAAUGAAGGCAUUGUAUUAGCAGCAGAAGAGAAAAACGAAACACAUGAUCUCUACUCAUUAAAUGUUCUAGAGAGGCCAAAAGUAAUAUACAAUGACAAAACAGGUAAAUAUGUGAUGUGGAUGCACAUAGACGACACAAACUAUACUAAAGCUUCUGUAGGCGUCGCCGUUAGCGACUUCCCA